UAUGGGAGUGCUCCAGCUGUGAACAUGCUGAGGGCAUUUGGGUGCCAUGUGGUGUUUCAUGUGCCUAAGGAGAAAAGGGGGAAGUUGGAGGCUUCUGGAAGAUGGGGUGUGCACUUGGGGAUUGCAAAGGAUCACAAGGGGUGGCUGCUAUGGGACUUGACCACCCAGAAGUUGACAGUGUCAAGGGAUGUGAAGUUUCUGGAGUCCCUGUACUACAAGGAAUGGAAGCAGCAGCAACAGAAGCUUCCAUCUACACCGCUCAUUGUGGAGGCAGGCCUUCAAGACAGGUGGAGGUUGCAGUGUCUGAGGAGGAGAUGUCUGGGGUGACUGAGGAAGGGGGAGCAGCUGAAGUGGAGCAGCAGCAGCAACAGCAUGAGUCUCCACCUCGAGUUCCACACCCGCCUGAGCGAUCUAGGAGGGAUGUGCGCCCUCCGGUGAGGCUGACCUAUGGGGGAAGAGGCAAGCCGAAUGUGGUGCAGGCUGGGAGUGUGGUUGAGCAGAUUGAGGAAGAUGAAAUUGCAAUGUGCUAUUGGGCUGCAAUUCCUCAGCCUAAGGUACUGACGCUAGCUUCAACUCAGUGAAAGCGGAUGGCACCAGCAUUGGGGGUUAUGUGUGCUUGCUGGGAGGUGGUGCUGUGAGCUGGCGCAGCAAGAAGCAGAAUGAGGUGGGAUUGUUCUCAUGUGAGACUGAGUACAUGGCCUUACACCAUGGGGCCAAGGAAGUGGUGUGGCUGAGGCGCUUGUUGGAGGAGUUGGGAGUUGGUCAGGAGGAGCCGACAGUUGUCUUCUGUGACAAUGAGUCUGCAGUGAAGCUGGCCAAGAAUGCUUGUCUGCAUGGGCUGACAAAACACAUAAGGCCUAAGUGGCAUUGGGUAAGGAGACUCCUUGAUAAGGAGGUGCGGCUGGAGAUAGGGAAGACCCAUCAGCAGGCAGCAGAUAUUUUCACUAAGCGUCUGGCGGAGGAGAAUCAUUGGAAGGGCAUGAAGCUUGCUGAGAUGAGUGUGCAUUGAGUAUGCAUGCUUGCGAUGUG